UCCAUGAAAAAGCAUGUUGUCAUUCGCGUUGUAUUGCCAUUAUAUUAUCAAGUAUGGCGGCGGCCGUGGCAGUGAAGGAUCUUAACACUUUUCUCAGCCAAAAGCAAAAUGUUGCCGAUAAGGAGCUGGCCGCAGAGUGGGCACAGCUUGAGGAGCUGUACAGUAAACGGCUUUGGCAUCAGUUAACAUUGAAACUGGAAACGUUUGUGAAACAUCCGAUACUCCAACAAGAGGAUAAUCUCGUACAACUUUACGUUAACUUCUUGUCAACCUUUGAAAACAAAAUAAAUCCAUUGUCGUUGGUGGAGAUAUUGGCGCAUGUAGUUCCACAAUUACAAGAUAAUCAAGAUGCGAUUAAAUUCUUGGAGAAGACUGAGACAAAGGUCCAAAGCAACAAUGAAGCUAUUGCUCUUUGUAAGGUUCUCAAGGGUCAAAUUCUGUUGGAUAAACUCAAUAAUCAAGAACAAACAAAGAAGAUCAUAGAGGACGUAGAAGCUAUGUUGGACAACGCCGAUGGCAUUACGACGGUUCAUGGACGUUUUUAUCUUCUUGCCAGUCGGUUAUAUAGAUUACAGGGCAAACACGCGGAAUAUUAUCGUACAGCGUUAAGGUAUCUAGGUUGCAUCGAAUUGAGCAGCUUGAACAGACAAGAGCAAGAACAACAUGCUUUCUUUCUCGGACUUGCGGCGCUUCUGGGUGAAGGCGUCUAUAAUCUCGGAGAAUUAUUAGCACAUCCAGUCUUGGAAUCGUUAAAAGGUACUCCGAACAAUUGGCUUGUCGAUUUGUUGCAAGCCUUCAAUGCCGGUGAUAUCAUUGCAUUAGAGAGAUUGAAGCCACAAUGGAGCAAAGUAGCUGAUCUAGCAGCACAAGAAUUAAAAUUGAGACAAAAGAUUUCAUUGCUGUGUCUCAUGGAAAUGACUUUCAAGCGGCAAGCAAACAAUCGACAGCUGACGUUCACGGAGAUCUCUCAAGAGACACGUCUACCUCUUGGUGAAGUAGAAUUGCUAGUUAUGAAAGCUCUUGCCCAGGGUCUCGUGCGAGGUGCCAUAGAUCAAGUGGCGGGCACUGUUAAUAUGACUUGGGUGCAACCACGUGUCCUAGAUCGCAGCCAGAUCGCCGGGAUGGUGCAACGUCUGGAUGGAUGGUGCAAAGAUGUUAGUUCGAUGGAGAAACUCUUGGAAUCAAGAGCCUCUGAAAUCCUCACUCUCUGAGAAUACAGACCUUUCGGUUUACUUGUUUGUUAUGUCAGCAGAAUGUUGGUUCGCAUACUCGCAAUUAUAAAAUCAGUUUCUUAACACGUCGCCAAUAAAUACGAACAAUUAUUUAUUACAUGUGCACUUAGAAUUCUUUGUAUAUCUUUUCUCUUCUUUCGAUUAAAAACGAAAAACAGGUUGGUAUCAAUUGUAAUUUUUUUAUAUUAAGUUAUAAGAAAAUACAAAAUAAAAACAAGAAGUAAAUGUUUUAUUUGAAAAUUGGUGAAAAUACAUCGUUCUAAUUGUCAGUGCGUUUUAUAUUGGUAAAUAUUGGUAAUGAAUGCUAAAUGCUGUCCUCUUUUAUAUAAUAUUAAGUAUCUGUACUUAAGUACAGUUUAUGAGUUAUACAAUUUUAAGUAAAAAUAGCAUAUAGCAAAUAUAUUAUUAAUCCUAUUUACAAUUAUCUUAUACGUAUUACAUGUAACAAAUAAACAAUCAAGCAAUGAAUUGGAUUCGAUACGAAUUGGCAACAAUUUGGGAUAGUCUUAUAAUAAAUAUAUAAAAGCUAAAAA